GAAUAUUAAUCAUAAUAGUAAUGAUGAUGAGUAUUUAGUUUUUAAUCUAAUUAUGCUAUUCAAAAUAUUUUCAUUAUCAUAUGAAUUCAUUAAGAUUCCCAGGGGCUGGUCCGUGCAUUUGUAGGGGUUUUUCCGGUGUCUGUUCAUCUUUUCCCCAUUUUUGAGCACUCCCUCCAGCCAGGGCUGCAUCAAGUGACCACUUUUCUCUAAUUAAAUCAUCACAUUUAAUUGGAUUCCCAGCUGAUUUCUCUGGACUAGCAAAAACAUCCCAGUGCUCUAAUACACCCUAUAAAACCUAGACAGCACAUGUUGGAGUGAGGAGAGGGAUGAUUCCCCCACACUUUUUUUAGCAAACUUUUCACAACGUUCUCCAUUAGCUGUUUCCCUUUGCUGCUUUACCAGUUUCUGUUGCAGUCAUAUAUCCUCACUAUGGGCUCUGCCUUAGCUGUGCAAAUUCCUUCUGUGCAAGCAGGCAGAGCUUGGAGUGAGGGCCAGAGGGAAUUAGCCCACUUCCUCCCCCAGGCAAGAAGUACAUUGUCCACACUUUGCCCCAGCAGUGUUAAUUUGCAUUUCUAAAUCUCCUCUCCUGGGUGCCUGGAAUCCCUGUUUCUCUUCCAGAGCAGCCAUUGGAUAACUCAUAUGUGGCCCCCCUCCACAAUCUGCUUUUUUUUUCUUAUUAAGAAUAUUCUAUUAACAUUUUAUCUCUUCAAGUAUCACCUUUAAACCUCUAACAGUUUUGCAAAAUCUAUCCUAAAGGUGAACAUUGAAAAACUGAUACUGAAAUUUUGCCAUCACUUAGAGUCAUCCAUGUAUAUACAGAAAAAAUUCCAAUGCAAAUAGUCAAAUGCUGCACGUGGGAGGAAAAGAUGGGAUUGUGCAGGAGAAGGAGGAAUAGUGGGAGGAAGAGGAAUGUGAGGAAGAGUUGGGACACAGGAGGAGGAGGAGCUGAAACAGGAAGGAGCACGAUGUUCCACCCCUCCAUGUAUCUGCAGCCUCUCCCUAGCCUCAGGGUCAGUGUCCCCAUCACAUGCAGCAGGGGACCAGAGAGAGGGAUCUAUGAUUUUCACAGGGGACUUUUCAUUCCCAAGGGGUUGACAGAUGGAGGAGGAUGAAAAGCCCUGGAGAUCCCUCACGAGGAGGGGCUGCAAACCCAGCCCAGGGAACUGCGAGGCGGAAAGACCCUCCCUUUGCCAGGAAGGCGGCCAGAGAUCCAGGCAGAGCUCAGAGCUGGUGGAGAAGCCUCAUGGAGGGAAGAAGUCCCACAGGUGCUUGGAAUGUGGGAAGGGUUUCAGCCGCAGAUGCAGCAUGAUCCGGCACCAGAUGAUCCACACUGGAGAGAAGCCCCACCAGUGCUUAGUAUGUGGGAAGUGUUUCAGCCGGAGAUACAACCUGAUCCGGCACCAGAUGAUCCACCCUGGGGAACGACCCUAUGAGUGUGGGGAAUGUGGGAAGAACUUCAGCACAAACUCCUAUCUGAUGGAGCAUCAGAUGAUCCACACUGGGGAAAUGCCCUAUGAGUGUGGGAAAUGUGGGAAGAGCUUCAGAGACAGCUCCCACCUGAUGCGGCACCAGGUGAUCCACACUGGAGAACGGCCCUACACCUGCUUGGAAUGUGGGAAGAGCUUUGGGUGGAUGUCUUCCCUAAGAAAACACCAGCGCAUCCACUCCGGGGAGAGGCCCUACGAGUGUCCUGUAUGUGGGAAGAGGUUUCAGACCAGCUCCGAUCUCCUCGUACAUGAGCGGAUUCACAGAGAUGAGAGGCCCUACCGCUGCCCUGACUGUGGGAAGGGAUUCAAGUACAGCUCCACCCUCACUACCCACCGGCGCAUCCACACUGGGGAGAGGCCCUAUGAGUGUCUUGAGUGUGGGAAGAGCUUCUCCAGGAGCUCUCACUUGACCCAACACCAACGGAAGCACCAGUAAGGGAAGACUUGUGAGUUCCCUGAGUGUGGGAAGAGCUUCGUGCUCUGCUCCAGCUCCAUCCCCCAUGGGAGGAUCGGUGUUGGGUGACCCCCAUUUUGCAUAGCCCUGGUUAGCCAUGGUCCUGGUGAUCUGUGUUGGGAAGACACCUGGCUGGGGGAGGCUCUUCAUCAUCCUGUCUGUCUGUGGGGACUUGAAUGAAUUCAGGGGCAGGAACGUCCAUUGGGAUGCAAACCAACAUUGAGAAUUCCUUGGGGAGAGAGAAUUUGUUGACUUUCAACCCCAGAAAAUCUGUUUUCAGUCCUGUCUUCUGGUGGCAUCCAGGAAUACUGAAUGGUCUUGGAGGUCUUUUCCAACCUCAGUGAUCGCACAAUUUUGAUUUUCUGUUACUAAAGGGUGUCAUUGAUAGCCAAAUGGUGAUGGAUUUGGGGAAAAGACCAAGAUUUUGGAAACAGUGAGGUGGAAACCCUUCCAGAAAAGGUUCUUCUCUCCCACCCAAGCACAUGGGUCAUCAGCUUGCAUGGACAAGGAAAUGCUUUUCUUCUCCACUUGAUUUCCUUUUGAUUUCUCUUCAUCCCUUUAAAACAUCCAACACUAAAAAUAAAGACACUGAACUAAGACAUGGAUGGGGACAUGGGGGACAUAAACGUGGCGGGACACAGACAUGGACAGUGAUAUGGGACCACAUGGACAAGGACGUGGCCAUUUGUGGAGACAUGAGCCUGAUGGAGAGUUUAAAAUAGAAGCCUCUCUGAGUCCCUCAGAGAGAGAGAAUGCAGGGAUUGAAUAAAGCCUCAAGAGAAAUUGAAAUAUAUUAAGCCACACAGACAUGAAGUAGAAGUGGCAGUUUUAUUUUACUAAGUAGGAGUAUUAUUAUGUCACAUAGAUAUGAAGGGGUUUUAGUUUUCAGUAAGAAUAUACUAUAAGUGCCUUAAGAGAGUUAAAAACCCCUAAAAUCUAGUUAAAGUUUCAGGAACUUGGCCCCAGACUGUCCUAGGUUACAAUGUAAAGAUGUGCCCAGAAGUAUGUAUUAUAUCAUCAUCUUCAUGUAAUGGUGCAGUGUUCCUUAUCUCUGUGGAAGAUAUCCUUAAUUAAUGGGCCAUCUGUUAAACACCAGGUGGGGCAGUGUUCUUUAUCUUUUCCACCAACCAUCCUUCUUCUAGGAAGAAGGGGGCCAUUGAGUCCCACUGCAUGACUGAUAAUAUUACAUCAUCACAUUGUGAGAUGGUCCACCCAGGGGAAGGAGCCAAGCAUUUCCUACCUAGAUAAAAACUAAAAUUUGGAAGACCAAAGCAGCCCUGGAAACCCACUAGUUUCCAGAGAAUAAGAGUUACCAGACCUUUCUAAGUCAUCACUACUUCAACAACACCACUUCCUCUGGAAUGUUACCACCACCCUAACUAGCAGAGUAUCAGAUUGUAUUCUGACUCUGUCAGUGGUUUUAAUUUGUACUAUUGCAUAUAUUUUAUAGUUUUUUCUUUUUCCUAAUUAAUUGUAUUUCGGACUUUGAGUCUUGCCCUCUGCUUUUGCUUUGAAACCAGUACACAGAAAAGAAAACAUAGUAAGAACAUUGCUUACAUUUUCUCAAUAGAAGAGAUAGAACCAUUUACAGGAAUAGAAAGAACUAUAUAUGUAGACUAUACCAUUACUUUCAUAGUCUAGAACUAAGAUUUGAGUAGGUUUAGAAAGAAUAUUUUAGGUUUGUGUUUUUAGAUCAUUGAAUGAUUUACGAAUAAAAACCCCUUGGACUGGGGUGAGAGACCACCAUCUUCAUCACCACCUGGAAGCAGAAGAAAUGCCAGGCUGCUGCUGCUGCUUCUUCUGUCCAGGACUCUGUGCCAAAAGCCUUUAGCCUGGACUCUAAUAUUCUGAACUCUUUGCCUCUGAGACUGAUGUACUUCUGCAAUAAACAACUUUACAGCAACCACCAA